CUCGUAUUGUUAGAUAAGCAGAGUGGAGUGCCACAUGUGAAUGAUCUCCACUGGAGAGAUGUAACCACAGUCAUACCUACACUGAAUAGUGGAAAUGCAUUGAAAAGACCUGGAUCUGGCACAACAAAAUGGAGAAGCACACCCUAUCUGUAAUUUAAGUCUGGUGUCAAGCAACAGAUAAUUAAUGAGGGAAUGGCGGAGCUCAGAUUUUCUUGAUACAACCCAUCCUUUGCAGGUCACAGCACAGACGGACACACCAUGGAUCUCCUUUGGGUUCUGUACUCCAUGCUGACUGUAUGUAUGGCCAUCAAUAUGGAAGCUACCGGAAGCCAUAGCAUGUUUACCUGUGAGCCUAUCACAUUAAGGAUGUGCCAGGGCCUCGCCUACAAUACCACCUUCAUGCCCAACCUUCUAAAUCACUACGAUCAGCAGACCGCUGCUCUCGCCAUGGAGCCCUUUCAUCCCAUAGUGAACUUGGAGUGUUCUACUGAAAUACGGCCAUUCCUGUGUGCCCUUUACGCACCCGUGUGCACCGAGUACGGCCGCGUGACCUUGCCAUGUCGGCGCCUGUGCCAGCGUGCCAAGAGCGAUUGCUACAAGCUGAUGGACAUGUUUGGGGUCAGCUGGCCAGAUGAGAUGGAGUGUAGCAAGUUUCCAGUCUGUGAUGAGUCUUACCCCCGAGCAAUAGACCUGCUCCAGAGCAGUGACGGGACGGAGGAAUCUCCCUUAUCAGUUCAGCGGGACUACGGCUUCUGGUGCCCACGAGAGCUGAAGAUUGAACCUGACUUGGGCUACUCGUUCAUGGGCGUGCGUGACUGCUCGCCUCCCUGCCCGAACAUGUACUUCCGCAAAGAUGAGCUCAUUUUCGCCCGCUAUUUCAUUGGCGUUGUCUCCAUAGUCUGCCUGUCGGCGACGCUCUUCACUUUCCUGACCUUCCUCAUCGAUGUCGGGCGCUUCCGUUACCCUGAGCGACCCAUAAUUUUCUAUGCGGUCUGCUACAUGAUGGUAUCCCUAGUCUUCUUCCUGGGCUUCCUGCUAGAGGAUCGCGUGUCAUGCAACGCAGCGAGCCCGGGUCGUUUCCGCGCCUCCACCGUCACCCAGGGCUCCCACAACAAGGCCUGCACAUUGCUCUUCAUGACUCUCUACUUCUUCACCAUGGCAGGAAGCGUUUGGUGGGUCAUCCUCACCAUCACCUGGUUCCUGGCGGCCGUUCCCAAAUGGGGAAGUGAAGCUAUCGAGAAGAAGGCUUUGCUGUUCCACGUGGUGGCUUGGGGCAUCCCGGGAGCCCUUACCAUCACCCUCAUGGCUAUGAACAAAAUCGAAGGCGACAGCAUGAGCGGCGUUUGUUUCGUGGGGCUCUAUGACCUCAUGGCCUUGCGCUGGUUUCUCUUGGUGCCUCUCGCAUUGGAUGUGGUCGUAGGUGUGGUGCUGCUGUUGGCGGGUAUUGCAGCGCUAAAUAGGGUCCGGAUGGAGAUUCCCCUGGAGAAGGAGAACCAGGACAAACUGGUGAAGUUCAUGAUCCGGAUCGGCGUGUUCUCCGUCCUGUAUCUGGUGCCUCUGCUGACAGUCAUUGGAUGCUGUCUGUAUGAGCAGAGCCACAGAUCAGUUUGGGAGACCACCUGGGUACAGGAGCGCUGUAGAGAGUAUCACAUCCCCUGCCCGUUUAAGGUGGAACAGACAAGCAGGCCAGAUAUCGCCUUGUUCCUCAUCAAGUACCUGAUGAUGCUGGUGGUGGGGAUCCCGUCAGUGUUUUGGGUCGGCAGUAAAAAGACCUGCUUCGAGUGGGCCAGUUUCUUCAAUGGGCAUCACAGAAAAGACAGCGCAGUGCACGAGAGCAGGCAGGUGCUGCAGGAGCCCGACUUCACCCAGCUCCUCCUCAGGGACCCCAACACCCCAGUGAUGAGGAAGUCUAGAGGCACCUCAACGCAGGGCACCUCCACCCACGCCUCCUCCACGCACCUUGCCAUGUUGGACGAACCCCCCAGUGCCAGCACCAGCCGCGCGGGCAGCAUGCGCAGCAAAUCAAGCAGCUUCCACGGCAGCCUGCACCGCUCCAGAGAGGGCAGGUACACAGCUUGCAGUUAUCGCGGCGUCGAGGAACGUCUCCCUCACGGGAGCACCCUGCGCCUUAAUGAUCCGCUCCAGAACUGCGGCGUCAACCGUCUCAACAGCCAUUCACGGCACGGCAGUCUGCAGCGCCUGGAGAGCCAAUCACGGCACAGCAGCAUGCGAGACCUCACCAUCACAGCACAGGCCAUCCAAAGCAGCCCUGGCAAUGGCAUUCACCGCGUUGUAGGGGAGGAUGCGACCAAGGCGUGAACUUUAACAUGGCAGCAAAUAGAGACCAAACAAGUAAAGAGAACAUGGACUCUUGGCACAAACUCCUCAUGAUGAAUAGCACAAAUAUGAGCGUUCAAACUACACAGUGUGCCAUGUGUGUUCCCUGGGAAUUGAACCCACAACCUUGCAGAUGUUAGCAUCUUGUGCUACUAGUUGAGCUACAUGAACAAACUGGACUUCUUGAAUUCAGGGUUCCUACUUCAACAGGGUCAAACGUAAGGGCUUUUGAUACGUUAUCAUUCUGUGAUGUGUUGAAGCACUUGCUGUUUUAUACUCACAUGAUUUAAGCUUUCUGAGUUGUUCCACUACAGAUGUGGUUUUGAAUGUUUCUUUCCAUUGUUUAUUGCACUUUUGACCAUUUUGUAGAACAGAACUAGUGAUAAAUACUGACAUCUCUGCACAUUUGGGUUAAAUUUAAAUGGACGGUUCACCCAAACUUUUUUCUCACCAUUGUGACAUUUCAAACAUAUUUUCUUUUUUUCCUGUGGAAGACAAAAGGAGAAGUUUAGCAGAAUGUACAAGCUUCUCCUUUCCAUACAAUGAUAGUGAAUAGUUACCAAGGGCUGUAAAGCUACAAAAAUGACAAAAAAGCACCAUAAAAACAUAAAUGACUCAUGUGCAUUACAUUGCAAGUCUUCUGAUAUUUGUGGGGGGAAAAGAAAAAAACAUUUAAGUCAUUAUUCAGUCAAUAAUCAUUUCCAGUGCUAAGUGUCAGCCAUUUCCAGUGCCAAUGUCCUGAAGGUGAGGGUGAGAACAUUUUUGUCAAAUAUCCCUUUGAAAAGCAUUAAGAGCUGAAUUUAAAAAGCAUAAAACUGGAGGCGAAAAACAUUUUAGAAUAGAUAUUGUAGGAAUUUUUCGAAUGGAUAUUGGCUUAUCCUUUACAACCAAGCUCUUCUCUGUUGAGUUUUAGCACUAAUAAUAAUUAGUCGUCAUUUUCGUGACAUUUACCGAAAACUGUGAAAAGCUUUUUUGUUAACAUGCUGAGAUCCUGAGUGCUUUAUGUACAAAAUAAAACAUCACUCUCAAAACUUUAA